CAAACCAAAACAUGAUUACAGAUGAAAGGGAAGAGUCCUUGCGCGAAGUCGCGGCUUUGGGAAACAUCAAGGCAGUCAACCACUACAUUCACGCUGGCGUUAAUGUCAAUGCCGCUAACAAGAUGAACAACUGGACUCCAUUACAUUGGGCUACUCACAGAGGACACGUCGCGGUCAUUCAGGUAUUGCUCUCCAAUGGAGCUAAUCCCACGCUUUUGACAAAUAAGCAGCAAACCUCUGCUGAUCUCGCCAAGACCCCUGAGAUCAAAGCUCUCUUCCCAGCUGAGGCAUUCUCAUCUGCGGCGCCAGAGGCUGAACUUCCCAUAGUGCCAACUUAUAUGCAGGAACCCGAUCUUGAUAAAUCUUGGAACCUUCCCGAUGAAUUCGCGGAACAGCGAAUUAAGCGCAUUAUGGAGCAUCAAAAGAAGUUGGCCAAGGAAGAGUCUCAACCACAAGCCGCUGCUUCCGCUGCUCCGUCUAAGGUGACUCCUGCAGAGUCUUCAAGCCCUGAAAAAGAGUUGCUUGUGUACUUGAGCGCGCGAGCUGAUGAAAAUUUGCUCGGCGCUAUCUUCAUUGAUAGCCAAAGCACCAUUGAGGACGUCAUCAAACAAAUCGAUGAAGAAAUUGAUGAUAUACCACAGCAAUUUACCAUAUCUAGACACAAUGGAAGCCUAGCCAUUCCCAUCAGCAAGAAGCAAUGGACCAAGAAAACUCUUGUUCACUUCAGAGAUGAACAAGACGCCAUCAUUGUCGUUCCUGUUAACUAGAUUAUAUUAAGAUUUGUAUCACUAGACUGUUUGCCUUCAAAAAUUUCACCUUUAAUACACUGUGCCCAAAAUCUAGCAACGUGCUCAAUUCUGGUGGUGGUGGUGUUGGGAUUUAAUCUACUAGU